AUGAAUCGAAUAAUAACUAGAUCAGAGAUCGAAGACAGGAUAGCGAAAGGCCAAGCUGUCGUGAUAUAUGAAGAUUUGGUAUUGCAACUGGAUAAAUGGAUUCGGUUUCAUCCCGGCGGUGAUAAAGCGAUUCAUCAUAUGAUUGGUCGUGACGCAACAGAUGAAAUGAAGGCAUAUCACUGUGACGACACAGUCAAGGAAUUCAAAAAAUGGAAAAUAGGCAAGAUUCAAAAACAGUGGCACAAUUUCGUUCCCCCUAUUCAAGGUGGUCAGUUUGAAGUUCUUGAGAAUCAAUUAUCGGACGGCCCAGAACUGUUGUUCAAAUGGCGGAAUGUCGAUACGAGUGGCCAAUUCCAGGACGUUUCGUCAAGCAGACGCAUGUGCGGUGAACCAGAAGUCAAAAUAUUCCCCAAGAUUCCCCAAGGCGUCGUACCGUCGCUUAAGUUAACCGAGGCAUACGAGAAAAGAAUUGUGACGGAUCCGUCAACCAUUAUUGAUAACUACGACAAUGAUUUGGUCAAGAAGGACUUGAUUGAUUUGCCCGACCUUGAUCCAAAGACUCAAAAAUGGCUUUCUGACGAAUAUAACAAGACACAUCAAGCUGUUAUCGCGGCCAAUCUUUAUGAAUGCCAUUAUUCGCGAUAUCUGAAAGAAUUUUUGAGAAUCGGAUCUCUCUUCGCUCUCUCAUUUUAUCUUUUGUUUUACCGAGACGCUAAGAUUUGGAGUGCUAUUGUGUUAGGCGCCGCGUGGCAACAGCUCGUAUUUAUUGCUCAUGAUGCUGGCCACAUUUCCAUCACGCAUAAUUACCAGGCCGAUAACAUUCUUGGCAUGGUGAUUGCUUCUUGGAUAGGAGGACUGUCGUUGGGGUGGUGGAAAAGAAAUCAUAAUGUUCACCACUUGGUAACAAACGACCCAAUCCACGAUCCCGACAUUCAACACCUUCCCUUUUUCGCUGUGAGUACAAGACUCUUAAAAAACGUUUACUCCACGUACUAUGAGAAGUUUUUAUGGUUUGAUAAAUUAGCCCAAAAAACGAUUCCAAUUCAAAACUACCUCUAUUAUCCAAUUUUAGCAUUCGGGAGAUUCAAUCUCUAUAGACUGAGCUGGACACAUGUGCUCUUGGGUCUAGGCCCAAGAAAAGGCAAGGCCGCUUGGUUCCGCUAUUUCGAACUGGCAGGGCUCACUUUUUUCAACUACUGGUUUUUCUACUUGAUAGUAUACCGCUCGAUUCACACAAAUUGGGAACGGUUUGCAUACGUUAUGAUUAGUCACAUCACCACCAUGUUAGUUCACGUUCAAAUCACGCUCUCACAUUUUGCCAUGUCGACUUCUGACCUAGGUGUGACAGAAUCAUUCCCGAUGCGACAAUUGAGGACGUCCAUGGACGUCGACUGUGCUCGCUGGCUGGAUUUUCUACAUGGGGGUCUACAAUUUCAAGUUGUUCAUCAUCUUUUCCCCAGGCUACCUAGACACAAUCUCAGAGAUGCCCAACCGUAUGUUAUAGAUCUAUGUCAGCGCGUUGGAUUGACUUACUCAAUCUACGGUUUUGCCAAGGGAAACGAUGUGGUCCUGAGUAAGUUGGCUCAAAUUGGACGCCAGGCUAAGACUAUGCUUGAUUGUGCCGAAACCAUGAGACAUGAAGCUGUGAGUGAAAAAAAAAUCAAGAGCAUCGACGCAAGUGGUGAUCAGGCCCGCUAA